AUGGCCGUGCUAGAUAAACAAACUACGCGCGUCGAACAACAUGGCACAACCGUCUUCAAGCCCUCGCGCGAGUUCCUCCUCGCCUUCAGCGCCCUCUGCACCAUCGCCCUGGCCGUCGCCCUCGACGCCACGACCCUCUCCGUCGCCCUGCCGACAAUGUCACUGGCACUCGGCGGCACCGCCCUCGAGGCCUUCUGGUCCGGCACCAGCUUCCUGCUAGCCAGCACCGUGCUGCAGCCUACCGUUGCCGGGCUUAGCGGCAUCUUCGGGCGCAAGCCGCUGGUUUACGCCUCUUUGCUCCUCUUUGCCGUGGGCUCCGUCGUCGGCGCCAUCGCAAACAACUUCGCCGUCGUGAUCGCCGGCCGGACGAUCCAGGGCAUCGGCGGCGGCGGGAUCCUGGCGCUCACCGAGGUCAUUAUCACCGAUCUCGUCCCGCUCGCCGUGCGCGGCCAGUGGUUCUCGCUACUCUCGGCCGUGUGGUCCGUAGGCACCGUCACGGGCCCCCUGAUCGGCGCCGGCUUCGCCCAGAAUGUCUCGUGGCGCUGGAUCUUUUGGAUCAACUUACCCAUCAUUGCGUUGGGCGUCGUCAUGAUAUUCUUCUUCCUCAGGCAGGUCAGUGUCCCCGGCGGCGUCGGCGCUAAGCUCAAGAGGUUCGACUGGCUCGGCAGCUUCCUGUUCACGACGGGCUCGACGAGCUUCUUGUUUGGCAUGUCGACGGGCGGCGUCAUGUACGAGUGGUCUUCCUUCAGAAGUCUGCUGCCGAUGAUUUUGGGAGUCUUUAUCAUCGUUGGGUUUGGAUUCUGGGAGCUCAAGUUUGCAAACGAGCCCCUUAUUGACAAGGGUAUAUUCAACAACUGGACCAUGAUCGCCAAUUACAUUAUGACGGUGUUUCACGGCAUGAUUCUCUGGUCCAUUCUGUACUUCCUCGUACUCUACUACCAAGCCGUCAAGGACUACUCCGUAAUUACUUCUGCUGUGGCUUCCCUCCCAGAGUCCCUUACCGUCGCGCCUGCUGCCAUGGCUGUCGGCCUCGUCUCGGGCGUCACGGGCCGUUAUCGCUGGUCCCUCUGGUCCGGUUGGGUCAUUACCACUCUCGGUGCCGGACUCAUGUGCCUCAUGCGGCCAUCCACCACCGUUCCCCAAUGGAUAUGGCUUAACGUUCCGAUCGGGAUUGGCACGGGCAUGCUCUUCCCCGCCAUGGCACUCUCGAUUCAGGCGGCCUGCGAGCCGGCGCUCAACGGGCAGGCCGCGGCGUUCUACUCGUUCCUCCGCACGUUCGGACAGUCAGUAGGCGUCGCCGUCUCGGGCGUCAUUUUCCAAAACGCCUUCCGGAUAAGAUUGGAGAAGAUUCCAGUCCUCGCGCACGCGGCUGAGGAGUACUCGCGCGACGCAACUAUCGUCGUGGACGUCAUCAAACGGAUGCCGAAAGGGGACGCAACACGUGCGGAGCUGGUUGAAGCGUACUCCGACGCACUGCGGGCGAUCUGGAUAAGCUUGAUUGCGUUCGCGGGGUUCUCUUUGCUCAUCAGCGUCACGGUAAAAAAGUACAGCUUGGAUCAGGAGCAUGUUACCAAGCAAGGACUCGCAACAAGCGACGGUACGAGAAGAGAGGAUGUGGAAAAGGGGGCCCGGAACGGGCACUGA